CGGCAGCGUCAAGGCAACUGUUGCCUCUGAGAAGAUCCAAAAUCUCAAGUGUUUGAUCAAAAGGCAACCCUACUAGCUAGUACCGGUAGCUAGCUACCGGUAGCCUGUGGUUUACUGCUGUUAUUCACGCACAGCAGAUGGAAACGAAAGCAAGAAGAAAAGCAAGUAUCUGGACGUGUGUCUCUCCCAACGACUUUACUCCUUCAUGAGUUGUUGCAGGGCAAAAAUCGUUCAGAGCACAAGCAAGCGAGCAAGCACUGGUAGAUGCACCGUGGUCCCAUUUAGCACUCAUGUCUCAAUCCUACCCGAGUCGAAUAGGCGCCAUGUUUGAACCAAAAGCCGAUGCCGGCUUGCGUCGUUCCGUUUCUAUCAGUCCGAACCUUGAGAACGAAACCCAAUAGAUAUGAUAGAUCGUAAUGCUCAUGAUAUUCUCUUUUGCUGUUUGCCAUUGCACGUCUUCCAAAGGUCUAGUCGGAGCUAACCACGCUACGACGCCAAUCCAAGGAAGAGAGAUUACCCCUUACGAAAUAUGAUUUCAGCAAUGUGUUGAUCAAGACGAGUACUGAUGGAAAAAAUUUGAUGGGAUCAUCCUGUUGAAAAGCCACUUGUUGUUGUUGUUUGGUUGUUUCCGGAGCGUGCCUCAGUCGUGCAUGUUUCUUAAAUCUGUCCCUAAAAUAGGGGCGUUUUCGGGAAUCCACCCCUAAAUCUCACCACGAAUAGGGGCAGAUUCCAAACCCGCCCCUAAAUGGCAAAAUCCGUGAGGUCUACCGAACGACUUAAUAAUGGGGGUUUGGGGGUGGAUUCUGCAAAAAAGGUUGGGAAAUUUAGUAUAGAGCAAACAGUUCAAAAGCUGAUUUUGCUUUUAUUAAGGGUCAUAUUUAAGCAAAUUCGGUGGGUUAAAGCAUGCACUAGUUAAAUGCAGGCAAAUAACCCACAAGAUCCAUGAUGUCCAAGCUUAAGCCAUAACGUUUCGACUUGGUUUGAAUAAAUUGAAAGCAUUAAAGGGGUCAUGCCUCACAUUGCCAAUUUGUGUGGUACCGGUAGUCACAAUGGUCUGUUAAUACAUGCACAGACCAGUACAUACCGUACUAGUAUUGUGCAGGUGCAUUGUACAUAUUGUUCACCGGAAAUUGAAAGAAAAUGCUUCUCAGAAACCACAUAGUACAGUGUACUGGUAGUGCUGCGGAUUAGCAUGAACGUGCCUAUUCUACCAGCAUGUAGUGCUGUGUGCUGUGGAUUACUGAGUCAAGUACUACCUGCCAGUAUGGGUUGUACCUGUACCAACCCACGGGCCAACAGUAACAUAACACGGCGCCAUUUUUUAGAGGAGAUCAGGUAGAGCGCAAGGCAGGGCAGAAGAAGACAGCAGAAGAAUCUCUGGCCAUGCCACACACAACGUUGGAUCGUGUAGAAGACAUUAUGAGUGAGGUUCAGAAAGAGCAAAAGGCAGAGCAAGAGGUCAGGGCAAAGGAAAAGGCUUCUAGUGAAGUUGUCGAUGACGACUUUAUGAUCAAGCAGGAAGAACCAGUUGAAGUGAUGGAUCGCUCACCAGAUUCGGUAUACAGUACUGUGGGAGCAUCAGUCAAGUAUCAAGUCUUUGUCAGGAGACAGCACCGAGAUAUGGAGAGCUGGAGAAGAGCGCAAGGAUCCAGAAUCCCUCCUGAUAUUGUUUACAGCACAGCAACGCUCCCCACCCUGAAGAAAGAGGAGAUUGAGAAACUGAACCGGGUACGGCCCAGUACUUUUGCUGAGGCGUCACAAAUAAGUGGGGUCGCACCUCAAAGUUUGUUUAUGUAUAUCACUAUGUGAAAAGGAGAAACCAAAAUCGUGAAGGAGGCAAGAGCAGCAAUCCUGCUGCCAGCGUUGAGAUGCAGCACUGAGGACACAGCAGUGUUUGUGAAUAGAUAGAGCUCAUCAUACAGUAGUAAUGUGAACCGGUACCUGUUAGACAAAUGCUUUGAUUGAAAAGUGCAUAAAACUUGUGUUUUUAUGGAGGCUUAUUCAUGGAUAGUUUAUGCUGCAGGCAGAGGUGGGUUCAUAUGUGCAAUUCUAUUCUGUCAGAGCUUGUGGACAAUGGAAG